CCAACAAUGGCGUCUUCAUCCGAUCACCACCACGGCGAACGACCCACACCGGACGAAGAUGAAAAUCAACCAAAGCCAAAUCCCCCUCCGGAUGGAAACCACAGCUCCACGUCGCAGCCGCCGCCAUCGGCUGGACACCAGAAUGCCACCCCCGAUAAUUACCACCAACACCCCCUUCCCGGCUACCCUCCUGUGAUGGGCUACCCCCCGCCCUACCCUCCUCCCCACAACGGCUGCGGAGGCUAUCCUUACGGUGCGCCCCCACCACCCGUCGGAUACUACCCCGCAAACAACCCCCAUUACUACCCUUCCCGAGUACCACCAAGCCGCACCUCAGGCUUCACGCGCGGAAUCCUUGCAGCCUUAAUUUUUCUCGUGGUGGCAUCGUGCGCCAUCACCAUCAUCACGUACAUCGUCCUCCGCCCCCAGGUCCCCGAGUUCCACGUCACCGCCUUCUCCGUCACCAACUUCAACAUCUCGAACUCGGUCCUGAUGGGGAGCUGGGACGCCAAUGUCACUGUCGACAACAAUAACCACAAGCUCAAGGCCUACUUCGACCGGAUCCAGAGCUACGUGUACUACGACGACCCGAGGAACUAUCUCAGCUGGAGCACAGAACCGUCGUUUUCCCUGGAGACUAAGACAAACGGCGUCAUCAACGUGAAGAUGUCAAUGAUAGACGGGGAGCAGCCAACGUCCUCUGAAUUGGAGGUGAUUAAUGAGGAGCGGCAGAAAGGGACGGUGAUUUUCGGGCUGGGGUUCGGGUUGAUGGGGACGUUCAAGUCCGGGUGGUGGUGGACGAGCCACUUCGGCAUGAGGGUUUACUGCGACGGCUUGGAGGUUGGGUUCGUCGGGGCUUCAGGAACGGGGAGCUUGAAAGACCAAAACCCUAGGCAGUGCAUGGUGUAUGUGUGAGACAGAUGAGCGUCGCAUGCAUGCAUGCUUGUGUUUAUUCUCAUUCGUUUAUUUUUCUUUAAUCA